AUGUCCUCGACUGACAAGAACAUUCGCAUGCCUCACCGUCUCCUAGGCAAGUCGGGUUUGAUGGUUUCCAGACUUUCUCUUGGCAGUUGGAUGUGGGAAGACGACAAGUACACGCCCGAGCGUUGGUACGAGAUGAUGAAGGCGGCAUUCGAGCACGGUGUCAACCUGUUCGACAACGCAGAAGCGUACGGCAACGGCCAAGCAGAGCGCAACAUGGGAGACGCGAUCAAAAUGGGCAUUGCUGACGGUCUCUGGAGUCGUGAGGACCUCGUGGUGACCACCAAGAUCUAUUUCGGUUCCAAGGGGUACUUUGAAGGUAACCCGAACGACCAGGGACUGAGUCGCAAGCACAUUGUGGAAGGUACGAAGGCCUCGCUCAAGAGACUGCAACUUGACUAUGUGGACGUCAUCUUCUGCCACCGAUCGGAGCCUUACACGCCCAUUGAGGAGGCCGUUCGAGCCAUGAACUAUGUGAUCCAGCAAGGUUGGGCCUUCUACUGGGGGACGAGUCAGUGGUCAGCGGCCGACUUCAUCGAGGCCUGCGAGAUUGCUGAUCGUCUGGGACUCAUCCGUCCUAUCGUCGAGCAACCUGAGUAUAACCUGUUGGAACGUAGCAAGGUGGAGCUGGAAUACGCACCGUUGUAUGACAAAUACGGACUCGGACUCACGACGUGGUCACCGUUGUCCUUCGGGAUUCUCACGGGUAAAUACAGCGCUGUUGCGUCUGGUGCUACUACACGCAUGGACGUUGCAUGGAUAAAGGAGUCCAUCCCUGAUUUCGACGACCGGGUGGCCAAAGCGGACAGUUUAAAACCUGUAGCUGAGGAAUUGGGCUGCUCCAUGGCUCAACUGGCCAUCGCUUGGUGUCUGUCGAACGAGAACGUGUCGACCGUGAUGAUCGGUGCUAGUUCGACGGAGCAACUCAAGCAGGAUAGCCUUUAUUACAGGUCAGAAACGAUUUUGGUCACGGGUAAAAUAAUCAAUUAG